AUGGUCUUACCAACUUUACAUUCACAUUAUGCCAGUAGACAUUUGGCAACACCUCAACAGAUUAUUCAACGAAAACAAGAAAUAGAAGCUGAAAAAAAAGCUCAAUGGGCUCAAACAGCGAAUUAUUUUAAGACUCAAACACGUCAUAAUUCGGUACACAGCCAUUGGACAGCACCCACUUCAGCUGUUUUAAGUAAUGAAGCACAUCGUGGUCAAAAAGAAAAAGAAGAGAAAUUAAAUCGUCUAGAACAACGUCGUAAUCGUCUUGCUGCGAUUCUUGAAGAAGAAAAACUUCAAUUCCAAAGCGAAUUGUUGUCAAUUCGUCAAUCAGCACGUGAAUCAGUACCUGAUAUGAAAAUGCGUGCUGAAUCUCUUCGUUCAGCUCGCGAAAAAGAACGUCAAACUGUUGCUGAAGAAAAACUUUAUGAACAUUGGAUAGCCAAUGAUCCUGAUUUGCGUUCAAUUGAACAGCAAAAAUUAGAAAAUCUUCAACCAGAAUAUUGGUCUGAACAAUUGAAUGAGAGACGUUUGGCACAGAAGGAGGAAGAAGAGGAGAAACAAAGAUAUCAACAAGAACUACGACAACGAUUGGAUGAACAAGAAAGAUACGAACAAGAAGAACAAAACGAGAGAAAACGAAGAAUCGAAGAAUUGAAAUAUAUUUUGCAAGAGCAAAUGGAAGAACUCAAAGAAAAAGAAGAAGAGUCUGAAGUGUUAAAACAAGAAGAAGAACGCCUUUUGCGUGACCAGUGGGAAUUAGAUCAGUAUGAAGAAGAAAAGAAACAAAUGGAAAAACGUUAUAUACAACAAGAUUAUGGUCGACAACUUUUACGCCAACAUAAGGCAAAAUUACAUAAACGAGCAAAAGAAAUUCAAGAACAAUUGGAAUUGGACAUGAAAAUUCUUUCAUCGAUUGCUCAUGCUGAUGAAGAAAGUCGUAUGGAACAAUCUGAGCAACGUGAACAAUUACGACGCGACGCAUUACAUAUGUUAAAACAAUUUCAACAACAAAUGAAAUUAGAAAAAGAAAAAGAGCAAGAACUUGAUGCAAUGUUUCAGGAAGAAGCUGCGAAACAAUGGGCACGUCGCGAACAAGAAUGGGAUCGUGAAAGAGAAUUACGUGAGAAAUUGAUGCGACAAGUGAUGGAUGAACGACAGGAACAAGUAAUGGAAAAGUUACAAGCACUCAAAGAACAACAACAAGAAACAUAUGAAAAACGACAAGCAUUAAUAUCGGAGAUGGAACAAGCAAGAAAAUAUGAUUUGAUAGAGAAACAAAAACAAGUGAAAGAGAGAGAAGAUAGAAAACAAGAUUUACAAAGACAAAUCUCGAUUGUUCAACAAGAACGAGCACAAUCUCGAUUAGAUUUAGAAAAACAAGAUAUAAUGGAACGUGAAGAUAAAAGACAAAUGGAUGAAUUAGUACGAAAACAACGAGCUGUUAUUUCUGCAACAACCGUUGAACCUAAAUUCUAUGGUCGUCGUCGAGCUAAUUGGAAUUAA